UAGGGAGAUAGAACACAAGAGCCUCUUAGUUCUUCUCCGAUCCUGGUUUGGUAAACACGUGUUCCUUCAUACAAAGAUUUCGAGUUGAAUAUAGAUUUUGAGGUGGAUGCUGUGCGAAGAUUUCAUGCGGAGAUUCGUGAUUUAAUUCCGAAACGUGAUAAUCGUUAAUAAACGACUCGAACGACUUAUCUUCUACUAGCUUUUUAAGAUCCCGGAGGAGUACUGGCAGAUCGAUCUUUAGAAGAGCGACAAAUUCACGGCAAGAAUGACAGCAUACUUUUUACUCGUCGGUUGCAUCGCGCUUCUCGGCGUUUUUGAGAAGCCGUUCAUCUCAGCCGCGCCGUCUGCAAAUAGCUCUCUCGAAAAGACCACGACUGUUCCCGACAGCGUGAACUUGAACGAGGAUGCGCAGGACGAGAGCAUCAAUAAUAAUCCCGAAUCCGCCUGUCCGUGCUUGACGUCGACGGUCAAUAGUACGUCGACAAUCCCCGGACAAUCGGACUGGUUGACGCAGCAACGGCGCCAGCAUCUCGAGCAGUUCUACAGCCAGAACAUGAUGGUCCACGGCAUGUUGUGCACGUGCAACGUCGCCCUACGUGGUGCCCCGGUACGGGACGAUUAUCAUUACACGGUGGGUAUCGGCGCCCACAAGAUCCAUACGAGGGCCGCCACGUGGAACGAUGCGAGAAAGUUGUGCAACGAGGAGGGCGGCCACCUCGCCAUCGUCAAUUCCAUCGCCGAGGAGCACGUACUAAUGGAGAUAUUUAAUCGUUCCGGACUGGUCAAGGGCGCCGCGUAUCCCGACGAGGCUUUAUUGGGUAUACACGAUCUUUACAAGGAAGGCGAGUGGGUCACGUUGCAGGGCGAUUCUCUUGCGAAAACCGGUUACACCAGGUGGAGCGAUAAGUGGGGCGGACAACCCGACAACGGAGGUGGAAAACAACACUGCGGCGCUUUAAUGAAAGAGGGUGGCAUGGACGAUGUCGCGUGCGACGUCCCAUUUCCAUUCCUCUGUGAACUUCCGCUGAUGCACGCUUUACAUUGAAAAAGAAAGAAUCUCGGCGAGGUUCCACCGUACAGGGAUUAAGCAUCGCUCGCAUAAGGUUUACACGCUCUUGCCAUGUGCAACGUCGUAUCGCGGUCUCUUAUAGUAGCAUACAGCUGCAUUAUGCAGACAUCAUCUUCACGAAGGUGUUCUUUCUUUUUUUAAUGCGCAGUUUUUCCUUUGUUCUCUCUCUGCAAAACGUGCGCUGUAUCGUCUCUAAGAACUUCGUCCACCUAACUUUCUUUCUGUCUUCUCUCUCUACGAAAGGACAUCCGCCCAUGAAAUGUUUCGACUGUCUUUAUGUAUACAUUGUCUUCUUCUAUGUAUUCAUAUAAAAAAUCUUUUUCCCAGAUUCUUUUUUUUUAAUUUUUUCAAAAUCUCUAAAAUAUGUUCGCCCUUUUUCUUUUUCUUAUGCUAACGAGCAAAUGAAUACAUUGUCGAUGUUAAAAGCGAAUUCUAAUUAAAUUGCUCGCUUACAGCACAGUCAUAUUCUCUCGAAGUUUAAACCUUGGAAGUUUCUCUGCGCUGUAAUAUAACGAUACUAUUACGCAUUAAAUUACGUCGCAUGAGCACCUUCGAGAAUAUUGCGUUACAGCAUCAACAAUGUAGUCGUUGCAGCGCAAUCAUUACGCGAACGAUAAAUUAAACAUCAACGACGCGACCACUUUGCGUUAUCACUUUAUUCGUGUUGCGUGUUACAAAUUCGAUCGAUAUCUCAGUCCAAAUUUCUUCUCUUCACGAUAGUUUUAUAUUUCGUGUGUUGUACGACCAGAAUAUAACUUAGGUAUCGUUGCGAUUUAUGUUUAGGAGAAAUAUAAAGUUAUGUGUUUCGGAGAAUAAAGAAUUUAUAGAGGCAUCGAUUGAGAGAGAAAGAGAGGGGGAGAGAAGGUGGAACAAUGUAAACCGAUAUUGCGAGCGAUGUAAGCCGUCGGUUUGUAUUUAUGGUGCAGCGGUAGAGCUAGAAGUUUUCGAGUUUGAGUUGGAACCCCGCUAAGUUACACCCGCGUGAAAUUGAGAAGUACACGGAAAAUGAAGACGAGGUUAAUUUCAGAUGCCGAAAUCGUACUCGUGCUGAAAUUUGUAACCAUCGCGAGAGCGGACGUUGAAUAGCGGAUGGUAUAAUUUUCGUGUAUUGCGUGAAAUCAAUCGGGAUAUUAAUGCGAGCGGCAUAUUAAAAUUAUUAUCGAGAUUCGACGUGCAUUUUAUAAUACCAUUUUUUUUUUUUGCUAUUCCAAGAACGCACAAGUCAAUGUAUCUUUUAUACCUUGAUAUAUUUUAGAUAAUUUUUUAAUAACAUUUUAUAUGCGAAUAAAAUAAAUGAUGCAU